GCGGUCUGACUGACUGCGUGGGGACUAGGGUCUAGAUCCCUUUGCGUCUUUCCCGAAGGGUUGAUCAGACGCUUCCAUUGUAAGUUAGGAUUCGUCUGAGAAGAUUUCGACAAGAAACAGUUUUUUCUUGAAGAAAUGGCAACAUCUGCCAGCAGGCGCCUCGAGGAUGAGGUGACGUGCUCUAUAUGUAUAGAGCACUUCAACGAUCCUAGAGUGCUGCCUUGCUUGCACUCAUUUUGUCGGCACUGCCUGGAAGAGCUGGCAGUGCACUCUGAAGGGAGAGGAAAACUUGUGUGCCCCCUCUGUAAGGCGGGAUUCCAGAUUUCCCCGGCUGAUGUUUCGAGUUUGAAGGUGAACUUUAUGAUCAAUAGUAUUAUCUCUGUUCUUCCUUUUUUGACAUCUGAAGACUCCAAGAAGAAAACUGUUUGUCAAAUGUGUGAUAGUGACGAGCCUGCCCAAGGGAGAUGUAACGAGUGCGAUCACUUUGUCUGUGAGCAGUGUAUCUCGGCUCAUAAGAGACUUCGUCCGUUGCAACACCAUACUAUCCUCAGUCUUGAUGAGAUCAAAAGCGGAAAGUUACUAGCAAUGAGCAAAACUUCCUACUGCACCAAACAUAAGGGUAAAAAGCUGAAACUGUUUUGCGAAUCUUGUAAGGAAGUAAUUUGCCGCGACUGCACCGUUGUUGAUCAUAAAAAUCAUGACUACCUUUUCACAAGUGACGUUAUCGCUCGAGAGAAAGAAGAAAUAUUGGAAAGAGCAAAAAAAGUUACAUCAAAACUGACCGACAUUGAACAGGCGAUGGCAUUGCUUGAAAAGGCUCAACAACAUCUUGACGAAAAUAAACUUGUAACCAGGAAGAAUCUGGAUCAGUUUAUUGAUAAGCAGAUAGGGGCUCUUGAGAAGAUGCGAUCUGAUCUUAGAGGAGGGAUCGAGUCAGCUUGUCAGAAGCAAGAGAAGCAGCUGACUGCCCAGAGAGAGAAUUUAUCCAUGAGACUUGCAAGUGCUCGUAGCAGUUUGGAGUUUGCUGAGAGAAUGUGCAGGGAAGCAAAUGAUGUGGAUGUCUUGUCCAUUAGGAAUGAAGUGCUAUCCCAGCUAUCCAGUCUAGCAGAGAAACCCGUGGAUAAGCCUUGUAUGGAGGGUGGAGUUCGUGUUGUAGUGGAUCAGGAAUAUUGGAGUUCCAUGUCAAAGAAGAUCUCAGUUGAUGUAUCAAGCCAAGUCUCAGUUGGUGAAUCUGAGCAUACAGAAAUGGCAACAUCCGCCAGCAGGCGCCUCGAGGAUGAGGUGACGUGCUCUUUGUGUAUAGAGCACUUCAACGAUCCUAGAGUGCUGCCUUGCUUCCACUCAUUUUGUCGGCACUGCCUGGAAGAGCUGGCAGUGCACUCUGAAGGGAGAGGAAAACUUGUGUGCCCCCUCUGUAAGGCGGGAUUCCAGAUUUCCCCGGCUGAUGUUUCGAGUUUGAAGGUGAACUUUAUGAUCAAUAGUAUUAUCUCUGUUCUUUCUUUGUUCACAUCUGAAGACUCCAAGAAGAAAACUGUUUGUCAAAUGUGUGAUAGUGGCGAGCCUGCCCAAGGGAGAUGUAACGAGUGCGAUCACUUUGUCUGUGAGCAGUGUAUCUCGGCUCAUAAGAGACUUCAACCGUUGCAACACCAUACUAUCCUCAGUCUUGAUGAGAUCAAAAGCGGAAAGUUACUUGCAAUGAGCAAAACUUCCUACUGCACCAAACACAAGGGUGAAAAGCUGAAACUGUUUUGCGAAUCUUGUAAGGAAGUGAUUUGCCGAGAUUGCACCGUUGUUGAUCAUAAAAAUCAUGACUACCUUUUCACAAGUGAUGUUAUCGCUCGAGAGAAAGAAGAAAUAUUGGAAAGAGCAAAAAAAGUUACAUCAAAACUCACCGGCAUUGAACAGGCGAUGGCAUUGCUUGAAAAGGCUCAACAACAUCUGGACGAAAAUAAACGAGCGGCCAGAAGGGAUCUGGAUCAGUUUAUUGAUAAGCAGAUAGGUGCUCUUGAGAAGAUGCGAUCAGAUCUUAGAGGGGAGAUCGAGUCAGCUUGUCAGAAGCAAGAGAAGCAGCUGACUGCCCAGAGACAGAAUCUAUCCAUGAGACUUGCAAGUGCUCGUAGCAGUUUGGAGUUUGCUGAGAGAAUGUGCAGGGAAGCAAAUGAUGUGGAUGUCUUGUCCAUCAGGAAUGAAGUGCUAUCCCAGCUAUCGAGUCUUGCAGAGAAACCCGUGGAUCAGCCUUGUAUGGAGGGUGGAGUUCGUCUUGUAGUGGAUCAGGAAUAUUGGAGUUCCAUGUCAAAGAAGAUCUCAGUUGAUGUAUCAAGCCAAGUCUCAAUUGGUGAAUCUGAGCAUACAGUUCUUGAGAAGUCCGCCAUCCUCAGCGGCAAAGGUCAAAAGUACCUCCGAGAUCUCUUUAGAUUCCUGAAGCCCGUGCAGCAGAGUCCGAAAAGUCGCUGGGUCAGGUGUUUCUCUGCAAAGAGAGAUGGCUGGGCUGCCAGGACCUUCCAUGAAAAAUGCAACGGCAAAGCGCCGAACAUCGUACUCGUGAGCGUUGGGGGCCGAUACGUGUUUGGUGGCUACUCUGACGUAGCGUGGACAAUGAGUGACCGAAGAUGGCAGUCCUCCAGCAGGUCAUUCUUGUUCACGCUGUGUAACAAGAAUGGCUACCGCCCUAAAAAGUUGCCAUUGAGGCGCACGCCAGAUGAACAGGCCAUUUGGGACCACACAAGUUGCGGUCCGGUGUUUGGUUGUGGUCGUGACCUGUACAUCGCUGACAACGCGGGGGGUAAUGAAGGGUCCUAUACGUGGUCACACACGUACGCUCGUCCCCAGGGCGUCACAUCUGAUGGCCCGUGUGACGUCUUUGCUGGCACCUGGUCAUUCAGACCCGACGAAAUGGAGGUGUUUCACGAGGUGUUGGACUGAAUACAGCUUUGAACGCCUGUAAAGUGACAAUAGACAUAAAGAUGUAUAAAUAUUUGUUAGUUGGUACUGUGUCAUGAAAUUACUGAUUUUGAAUUAGGAUGUAUUGUGGAAAUACAUGUGUUGUGACCCGCGAAUGCAUCAUGGGUAGCAUGUAAAUCACAAAACUACAUGUUAUGAAAACCCCAGUGCAAGUGGUAAAAAGCACAAAAAAGAUGAAAAAAAAAUCAGUUUUAAAUUUGAAUUUGCUCAUUUUUUUUAUACCCAUGAGCCAACGCGGGCACAAGGAUUCUUUAGUGCAGCCUUAUUUGAAGUGUGUAUGUACAUCUCGAGCUUAGUUCAGGAUUCUAUAACACCAGUGCAGCUUAGAAGUUUUGAUUAUUUUAACUGGCUUUCAAAAACAAUGCAUUUUUGAUGUUCAAAAUCUGUGACGGAUUACUGCUGUAAUAAGCCAUUUAAAGCGAGGCUUUUAGAUAUACAAGAUUGUGAAAUAGUUUAGGGGAGAAGUCUGUUCAAUAAUUAAGCUGAGGGUAAAGGGGGAUUAUAUGACAAUCAAUUGGGGACCUUAAAUUAAGGUAUCCUGAGUCUUGAGGGAUGACACUCCCUUAGGGCCUGAAUGGUGACUCUGGUUAAGCAUUUUAACCAUGGGCACUCGUCACCUUUUAUAUUAUUUUUUAUUACAUCAUAUUCAUGUAUAAUGUAAUAUACCUAUUGAAAUGUAUAGAAAUUUGUGGACAAAUAAAGUUGCAUGUAUGUAGCCUCCUA